GAAGGCUGAGGGAAGGGCACCCGCGCCGCCGGAAGUUGCCGAGCUGCUCUCAGGGCCUGGGCUGCGGCUGGAUCGCGGAGGAGCUGACAUGGAGCGGCCCGAGUCAGACGCCGCCGCCGACGACGCCAUGGACUCGUUCUUGGAAAAGUUCCAGAGCCAGCCUUACCGCGGCGGCUUCCAUGAGGACCAGUGGGAGGAGGAAUUUGAAAAAAUCCCCCUGUUUAUGAAGAAAGCGCCAUCAGAAAUUGAUCCCAGAGAGAAUCCUGACUUGGCUUGCCUCCAGUCAAUUAUUUUUGAUGAAGAGCGAUCUCCAGAAGAACAGGCCAGGACCUAUAAAGACGAGGGCAAUGAUUACUUUAAAGAAAAAGACUAUAAGAAAGCCGUGAUUUCAUAUACCGAAGGAUUAAAGAAGAAAUGUGCAGACCCUGAGCUGAAUGCUGUUCUUUAUACCAACCGGGCGGCAGCACAGUACUAUCUGGGCAAUUUUCGUUCUGCUCUCAAUGAUGUAACGGCUGCCAGAAAACUAAAACCCUGCCAUCUCAAAGCAGUAGUAAGAGGUGCCUUAUGCCAUUUGGAACUGAAGAACUAUGCGGAGGCUGUGAGCUGGUGCGAUGAGGGGCUGCAAAUAGAUGCCACAGAGAAGAAGCUUCUGGAGAUGAGGGCUAAAGCAGACAAAUUAAAGCGAACUGAACAGAGAGAUAUAAGGAAAGCAAAGCUUAAAGAAAAGAAGGAGCAGAAUCAGAAUGAGGCUUUACUCCAGGCCAUCAAGGCUAGGAACAUCAGGCUAAUCUCUGAAGCUGCCGGAGAGGACGAAGAUUCAGCCUCUGAAGGUCUCAGUGAGCUUGUCCUGAAUGGGCUGAAUUCUGAGAACCCUUACGGAGCCAGGCUGAGUGUGGAUGACCAGGGCAGACUGAGCUGGCCUGUGCUCUUUCUGUACCCGGAGUAUGCCCAGUCGGACUUCAUCUCUGCUUUUCACGAGGACUCCAGGUUUAUUGAUCAUCUAAUGGUGAUGUUUGGUGAAACGCCCUCUUGGGAUUUAGAGCAAAAAUACUGCCCUGAUAAUUUAGAGGUCUACUUUGAGGAUGAGGCCAGGGCAGAACUAUACCGGGUGCCUCCCAAGAGCACCCUGCUGCAAGUGCUGCAGCACCCCAGGUACUUUGUAAAAGCCCUGACGCCAGCAUUUCUGGUCUGUGUAGGAUCCUCUGCUUUUUGCAGGAAUUAUCUCCAGGGGAGAAAGGUGCGCCAGGUGAAGUGACUAAGCCAGGCCACCCUGGAUCUUCUCCCUCCCCCUCCUCAGCCUGGAGUCCAGACAUCAUUUCUGUCACCCUGGAGACAAGCCUUCCCCACAUCGUGGUUGGGGAGCUGCUGCUGACUUCCUGAACUGCAGCCUCUUCUGGUCAGAGUGCUAAGUUCCAGCUGGUCUUCACUCUCCUCUUUGAUACAAAACUCCAUGCCUUGGUCAUGACCUCCUUGGACUCACUGUGAGCUGUGUCAACCACCAGCCUCCAUCUCUGUAGGGACCAGCACACAGCAACUGACCUGAGAAGCACACUGGCCAGAGGAUGCUGACUCAGGAUCCAGUGACAUGGUUCUGAACCUUUGUGGAGUCAGAGGCCUCACGUAUACACAAACCAUGUGUGUAAUUGUAAGGUAUUAAAGCUGAGAGGUUCGGGCCUCCUGUUAUUUCAUAA